AUGCGCAGUCUCGUAGGACGUGGUCCGUCCGCGCGCCUCCUCUGCCGAAGCUGUCUCCAACAGCAACGCCAAUUCGCAAGCUCGGUUGCACCUCCAAAACCACCGUCAUCCGGUCUCGCUGCCCUCCCGUCACGACAGCUUCUCUCCGUAUCCGGGCCCGAAGCCACAAAGUUUCUUCAGGGCAUAACUACGGCCAAUAUCACAAAUGAAGAAGGUUUACCGCGCACAGAUGCCUUCUACUCUGGCUUCCUGAACGCAACGGGCCGCGUAGUCCACGACCUCUUCAUAUACCCCUUCCACCAGAGCAAGCAGGGCCUCGCCGACAAGGAAGAUGGAUACCUAAUCGAGGCUGACGCAAGUGAGAUGGCGAGAUUCGCCAAGCUCAUCAAGCGGUACAAGCUUCGUGCGAAAGUUACAGUCCGGAACGUAGCGCAGGACGAGGCUGCUGUGUGGCAGGCGUGGGAUGACGCAUCACAGUUGGACAUCACGCCCGAUCAGUCGAGGCUGGUGUUGAAGGACCCCAGGGCUCCAGGGUUAGGAUACCGAAUUAUUCAGCUGAACCAAAAAUCUCCCGAGGUUGAUCUCGACACCUCGACGCAAGAUGCGUAUACGAUUCGACGAUAUCUGCAGGGGGUUCCGGAGGGCCAGGACGAAAUCCUUCGCGAACAGGCUCUUCCACUUGAGAGCAAUAUGGAAAUGAUGAAUGGGAUAGACUUCCACAAGGGCUGUUACGUAGGGCAGGAGCUCACGAUUCGAACAAAACACCGGGGUGUUGUGCGAAAACGUAUCCUGCCGUGCAUGAUCUACAGCAAUGACAAGGCGGCCCCGCAGAGCCUCAUGUACGAUCCAGAGUGCACCUCUCCGGAGAGUUUGACGGCCGAUAUGAUUCCCGCCGAGACGAGCAUCGGCAGGUUUGGCAAGAAGGGACGCAGUGCGGGCAAGUGGCUGAAGGGGGUGGGAAACAUUGGCUUGGGGUUGUGUAGGCUUGAGAUUAUGACGGAUGUGGUCUUGCCAGGGGAACAGGCUGCCGCUACGUAUAAGCCUGGGAAUGAAUUCGUGCUUGAAUGGGGCGAGGAGGAUAACAAGAACGAUGUGAAGGUGAAGGCGUUUGUGCCUGAGUGGUUGCGGGAGGGGCUUGGCACUCCGAGUUGA